ACUUCCGGGUUGGCAGUUGGCUUCAGUAAAAAAGCGGGUAAAUGCUGAGGCCGGACCCCGAGGUUCCACGGAGCUUCGCAGAGCAGUGUGCCGGUCUUUCUUCGUCUCGGUGAAGCGGGGGCGGCUGCGGAGCGACGGUCGGGGGGGGGGUCAUGGCGUCCAAACGAGGCGCGCUCAUCGUCCUGGAGGGGGUGGACAAGGCCGGCAAGACGACGCAGUGCCAGAAACUGGUGCAGGCGCUGCAGCAAAGCGGCCGGCCGGCGGAGAUGAUGAGGUUCCCCGAGAGGAGCACGACGAUCGGGAAGCUGAUCAGCUCCUACCUGGAGAAGAAGAACGACCUGGAGGACCACACCGUCCACCUGCUGUUCUCCGCCAACCGCUGGGAGCUGGUACCUUUGAUGAAGAAGAAGCUGGAGCAAGGCACCACUCUGGUUGUGGACAGGUACGCCUUCUCUGGAGCUGCUUUCACCAGUGCCAAGCCGGGGUUCUGUCUGGACUGGUGCAUGAAACCUGACGUGGGACUGCCAAAGCCGGACCUCGUUAUGUUUCUGCAGCUCAGCCCUGCCGAGGCUGCUCUCAGGGGUCAGUUUGGAGAGGAGCGAUACGAGACCAGCGUUUUCCAGAAGGCAGUCCAACAGAAAUUUGAACAGCUGAUGAAAGAUCCUUCAGUAAACUGGCAGGUGAUUGAUGCUUCUAAGAGCGUUGAGAACGUGCACAAGGACAUCACAACCCACAGCCUGAACACCAUCAACACAGCUCAGACAGUGCCACUCGGAGAACUGUGGAAGUGAAGUGGCUAAAACUGUAUGCAAAAUUUAGUUAUUUUUGCACAUUAUCUUCUGCUUUGAUUACUAAAUGACUCACUUUGUAUAGCCCACUCUUUUACUUGACAUUGUUUGAUUCAAAGCAGAAGAGACAUGCCUCAGCAGUGAUUCCAAUGAAAUAUUCCAAUGUCCUGAAAUUGAAGAGAUACAGUUGUCAAAUAUCAGAUUCUGGUAGUUUUUAUUCCUCUUACAUGUCUUUUGUUAUUACACCUGUCUAUAUAAUGUGUUGAUUAAAUAAAUAGUCUUCAAAUGAA